UCCUAUCUGUUAUGUGUGUGUGUAGUUGUGUGCGUGUGUGGGAGGACAGAGAUUUGACGGAUCCAGUGCCUCUUAAAGCGCUUGAUGGGAGUAUGGCAGUCACUGCGUGUUUUAUUGUAGAUGAUACGGAGCUAGUGAAUGUACGGUCAAGUCUGUAGUCAGAUAGUAUUUUUUAUGUUUAACUGUGGAAAUGUAAGCUAGAUUUUAAAAUAUGAAAACAAGCUGUGCAUCAGAGGGUAGACUACUCCCUUACGAUUUUUAUUAACCCUUACGGUGUAUGGAAAGUGCUCCUGGAUGGACCUGGGCGAACACAGCUGGUCCAUGGUCAAGCGAGAAGUAUCCAGCAGCCCAGGGUCGCCGGCUGAGCAGACCUACCUGCCCGGGGACAGCAGGAGGGACGAGCUGAGGACACCUCCGAUCGACCUUGACGUACUGGGGCACCGCCGCCCCGACGGCAGAUCACUACACUCCUACGUUCAUUUCGGACACCAUAACAACACCCUGACCACUGUCGAGGACAUCCCGCUGUUUACGGAUUUAGACCAGGGCAGCAAACUCGUCCUCUCCAGCGGAGCGCACAAGGCGAGCUUGCUGGUGGAUCCGAGCGACAUGUACCAAACACUGGCCAUCGCCGCGGCGCAGAGCCAGACUGGAUAUGAUUCCUCCUCUGGUUAUAUGCACUCCAACCCCAACUCCCCGGUGUAUGUGCCCAGCUCCCGGGUGGGCUCCAUGAUACCCAGCCUCUCUUACCUGCAGGCCAGCGGCUCUGCGCAGCCCAGCCAUGCCGUCUCCAGCCACUCGGUCUGGUCGCAGUCCGCUCCGGAGAGCCCUUCAUACAGCACCGGGAGCCCGCACGCCUCCAGUCGGUUCCACUACCCUCCAAGCCCGCCCAUGAAUAACGGGAACCUCAGGGACACCGGCUACGGUAACACGCUGAAUGUGAGCAGCAGGGAUCAGUACGGCCUCUCUCGGCCCCUCAGUGGGACCUACGCGAGCCCAUACUCUCCUUAUGUUGCACCGCAGCUGACCCAGCUGCCCUCGCCCUGGACCGGGGGACCUUUUGAUAACACCAUGCUGCACACCCUGCAGAGCAGAGGCGCGCCCCUGAUCCGAGGACCCAAUGGAGAUAUUCUGGACGACAUGGGGGAGAGCAGAGAAUGCGUAAACUGCGGCUCCAUUUCCACGCCGCUGUGGAGGCGCGACGGCACGGGCCACUUUCUCUGCAACGCCUGCGGCCUUUACAGCAAAAUGAAUGGGCUGAGCCGGCCAUUAAUUAAACCACAGAAACGGACGUCAACUUCCAGAAGAAUCGGCCUGUCCUGCGCUAACUGUCAAACCAGCACGACCACUUUGUGGCGCAGGAACGCGGAGGGAGAGCCAGUGUGUAACGCGUGUGGGCUCUACACAAAAUUACACGGGGUACCUCGGCCUCUCGCCAUGAAGAAAGAGGGGAUCCAAACGAGAAAAAGAAAACCGAAGACCUUGAAUAAAUCCAAGGGAUCCUCUGGAAAUAACAACUCUGUCUCUAUGACUCCCACAUCCACAUCUUCAUCUAAUUCCGAAGAUUGCUCGAAAACCAGCUCUCCCCCCGGACAGGUGUCAGGGGUCAGUUCGUCUGUGCUGUCCAGCUCAGGGGAGGGACCCGGCUCCGGCUCAGCGGUGAAGUACCCGGGACAGGACAGCCUGUACACCAGCGUGGGGCUGUCCCAGUCCUCAGACGUAGCUUCAGUGAGGGGGGAACCCUGGUGCCCCAUGGCCUUAGCUUGAACAUUUAAAUCUUUGGGAGGACAGCAAUCCCCAGCCCCCUUUGUCUGGAUGCUAUGUAGUGUGGAAGUAUUCGGGGGGCAAUGUUUGUUUCCUGGCUGAUGCAAGGAGUCCGGCAGAAGGGAAAAUAAUGGAGAAGCGACCUUCAGUCACACUGCAAGCUUGAACCGAGCGUGGAAUAGCUGGGAUUGUUUUCCAGGUUGGUGUGGGGGAUCUUGUUGCCUUAAGAAAACAAAGGGAAUCACCAGGCCAGAUGAUCAAUCAGGUGGCCUGCUUCGGAGGGUCUCUGGACCUGCCAUGCACUCGUAUCUCUCCACCCACCAUGGCACAGAACCAGCUCUCGUUUCUUAAAAUAAAGCCAUCAUGUACAUACUGGAUUUCCUCUCUGAAGAAAAAAGCUGUUGAUUGGAUACCACUGCUUCGUAAAGCGCUAUAUUCUUUAAGGACUUUUAGAUUUUUUGUUUUUGUUUUCUUUCCUAAACUGGAAUCAUGCCACAAGUGCCAAGACAACUUUUAUGAAUCAAAAGAAAAAAAAUAUUUAUAAAUCUUCCAUUGUUGAAAACAUGGCUAUGAUUGUUAAUAAAGAUAUCAAUAUAGAGUAGAAGUUAAACCAUUCUGAUGUCUUUUUUCUAAUUUUAUUUUCUUCAUAAGUGGUUGUUUGUAGUACAGUAGUGUUGCACAUGUUUUCCACUGAAAGCUCUUACUGUAUUUGACUGAAACUAGUUUGGUUUAAACAGGGUAUAAAUGACUAUGUCGUCAAGUGGUUUUGUUUGAUCAUUUACUGAAAAAAAUGCAAAUAAUCAACUCUUUCAGACUAAUUUCUGAUACUGAAAUGUUGUCAGCUGUUGGGUAGCAUUAAGGUACUAUUCUGAAAGCAAAGCUACACAAAUGAUUUUACAUGUAAAGCAGUCGGAUGGCUUGUUUGAACAAAGCACACCCAGAAUAGCUGUGGGGCCUACUGACCUUUAUGUUACAAGACAUAAACUGCAGAUGAAGACUGUUGGCUGCACUACCUGACUCACUAUAAACUGUGUACCUUUCACAAUGCAAGCAUGUACAAUUGCAUCAUUUUAUACCAAAAUUAGAGCAAAGCGGAGCAUGAGGUCACUUCUGAACAAAUUCAUGUUACUCUGAAGACUUUGAAUAAUGGAGUGCAAUGACUCAGGAGGAUAUCAUAUUGAGGUGUUAAAGUGGACCGUGUAAAGUACGAGAAGCUAGUGAGUUAUUACAAUGCAAUAUUUUCAUCAGAAUACAAGCUCAUGUUGGUAUUGAUUUUGACCACAGAUGCAUGGGUCACAUGCUAAAUGGAAAUUCAAGAGGUUAUUUUAAAUUUUCCACACUGUUUUUCUCCAGCCGUGUUGUGUUGGUGGAUUAAAAAAAGCCAUUUUAGCCCAUAACACAAUCAUGGGUCUUUCGAAAGGCAAUCUGAUGAGAUACAUGUGAAACUUGGCGUAAAGAGGUUGAUUCCUUAUCUUUUCUUUUUUUUCUAGCAAAACUUGCUUCAUCCAAAAAGGGCAUGUCAUUCAUUUAAUUCUUCUGAAUUUAUUUUUUUGAAAUAUGUUUAUUUUAGCAUCAUGUUUUGCUGUUUUUAUUUUUUAUAACAAAUUAUUCUAUUUAAAUUUCAGUCCAAUAAAUUGUUCUCGUGAUGCAAAUGAUUUACGGUUACCCUGUGUUUUAAAGUAAAUAAUCGAAGCUGUGGAAGAAACCUUGUUCUUGCAUAAUAUUAAUAUUACUCAGGCAUACUUUUGUGAGGCAAUCAGAGACAUGCUUUAACUCCCUUUUUCUCCCUGGUGGAAAAAAAAACUGGCUUUAUUUUCUCAGAUGUUUUCGUGAUUCGGAGUGAAGCACACAGAAAAAAAAACUGGCUAAUGCAAGGUGAGGAUUUCUUGGGGGGGGAAAUAACGUUUUAAAAGCUUCAUCUCAGACCUAUAAAAUGAUUGUUGCAGAUUUUGAUGUCCAGGUUUUUCUGGGUUUGCUUCCACGUUCUGCUUAUGUUUCAUUAAAGCAAGCCUUUAUUCUUCCG